CUGGGGGUGUUAAGUCCAGUGAAGGGUCAGGCAUGACAGCGCCCUGAUAAACUCAGACUGCAGGAAUGGCCGCAGAGGCCCCAUGCUCAAGAGCCCGGAAGUGCGCAGCAGCCGUAUCCAGCUGAACAUGGAGGGGGCCCUGACCGCGCGGGACCGCGUGGGCAUCCAGGACUUCGUCCUGCUGGACGCCUACACCAGCGAGGUCGCUUUCCUCGACAACCUCCGGAAACGCUUCCGGGAGAACCUCAUCUACACAUAUAUUGGUACGCUGCUGGUGUCUGUGAACCCCUAUAGGGAGCUGGAGAUCUACACCAAGAAACAAAUGGACCUCUACAUGGGAGUCAACUUCUUUGAGCUGCCACCCCACCUUUAUGCCCUGGCAGAUAAUGCCUAUCGCACCAUGCUGUCGGAAUCCAACAACCACUUCAUCCUGAUCUCCGGGGAGAGUGGAGCUGGAAAGACUGAGGCCUCCAAGAAGAUCCUACAGUUCUACGCUGUGAGCUGCCCCAGCACAGAGCAGCUGCACAGCGUGAGAGACUGCCUGCUGCUCUCCAAUCCCGUGCUCGAGGCUUUUGGGAAUGCUAAAACACUUCGGAAUGACAACUCUAGUCGCUUUGGGAAGUACAUGGAUAUCCAGUUUGAUUUCAAGGGGGAGGCGGUGGGGGGUCACAUCCUCAGUUACCUGCUGGAGAAGUCUCGGGUGGUGCACCAGAACCAUGGGGAGAGGAACUUCCACAUCUUCUACCAGCUGGUGGAAGGGGGGGAGGAGGAGCUGCUGCGCUGGCUGGGCCUAGAGAGAAACCCCCAGCAUUACAGCUACUUGGUACAGGGGGAAUGUGCCAAAGUGAGCUCCAUCAACGACAAGAGGGACUGGAAGACUGUGCGCAAAGCUCUCUCCAUCAUCGACUUCAACGAAAAUGAUAUUGAGCAACUGUUCGGGAUCAUAGCCAGCGUCUUACACCUGGGAAACGUCACGUUUGACCCUGACAGCAAAGGCUACGCCACCAUCAAGAGCCACACGGAGCUGCGCUGGAUUUCAAAGCUGCUGGGGGUCCCGGCUCUGGUGCUACAGGAAGGCCUGACUCACAGGAAGAUAGAAGCCAAAGCUGAGGAGGUUCUGAGCCCACUGACUGUGGACCAUGCCUACUACACCAGAGACGCCCUGGCCAAAGCAAUCUAUGGGCGCACUUUCACAUGGCUGGUCAACAAGAUCAAUGAGUCUCUGGCCAACCAGGAUUCCAGCAGAAAGACUGUGAUUGGCCUGCUGGACAUCUAUGGGUUUGAAGUUUUCUACAUAAACAGUUUUGAACAGUUCUGCAUAAAUUACUGUAACGAGAAGCUGCAGCAGCUGUUCAUUCAGCUGACGCUGAAAUCGGAGCAGGAGGAGUAUGAGAUGGAGGGCAUUGAGUGGGAACCUGUGCAAUUUUUUAACAACAAGAUCAUCCUUGACCUCGUGGAGGAGAAACACAGAGGAAUUAUUUCAAUUCUUGAUGAGGAGUGUCUGAGGCCAGGAGAGGCCACAGACCUCACUUUCCUGGAGAAGCUGGAGGAGAAGAUGGGCAAUCACCCUCACUUCGUGACACACAAACUGGCUGAUCAGAGGACUCGGAAGACACUGGAGCGAGGAGACUUCCGUCUGCUGCACUACGCCGGCGAGGUCACUUACUGCGUCAUCGGGUUCCUCGACAAAAACAACGAUCUCUUGUACAGAAACAUCAAAGAAGUGAUGUGUCAGUCCAAGAAUGUCGUUGUGAGGCAGUGCUUCUCCUCCUUGGAGCUGGACAGCAGGAAGAGGCCUGAGACAGUCGCCACCCAAUUCAAGAGCAGCCUGGCAGGCCUGACAGACAUCCUGAUGUCUAAGGAGGCCUGGUACGUUCGCUGCCUGAAGCCUAAUGACGCCAAGCAGCCAGGUCGCUUUGAUGACGUGCUGGUGCGGCACCAGGUGAAGUACCUGGGCCUGAUGGAGCACCUGAGGGUCAGGAGGGCAGGAUUCGCUUACCGCCGCCGAUAUGAGAUCUUCCUGCAGAGAUACAAGCCCCUGUGUCCCGAUACCUGGCCACACUGGAGAGGCGUGCCUGCUGAAGGGGUGGAGCGGCUGGUCAAGUUCCUUGGGUACAAGCCUGACGAGUACAAACUGGGCAGGACAAAGAUAUUCAUCCGUCAUCCCAGAACGCUUUUUGCCACUGAAGAUGCCUUUCAGAUCUGCAAGAAUGAGCUUGCAACGAAGAUCCAAGCUAGGUAUAAAGGUUACCGUGUGAAAGGGGAGUAUCAGAGACAGAAAGAAGCGGCCACAAAGAUAGAGACCUGCUGGAGAGGAGUCCUGGCCAGAAAGGAACGCAAGAGGAGAGCCUGGGCUGCCAAGACCAUAAGGAAGUUUAUAAAGGGCUUCAUCAACAGAAACCAGCCCCUUUGCGAAGAGAACGCUGACUAUAUAGCCUUUGUCAGGCACAAUUAUCUGGUGAAGCUGAAAGACCAUCUCCCCAAAAACCUCCUGGAUAAAACCACCUGGCUCAAACCUCCUUUAAUGCUGGAGACGACUUCUCAGAUUCUGCGCAGGCUCUGCACACGGACCAUGGUGAGGAAGUACGUCAAGGGGGUCACAGCCCAACGCAAGGCCCAGUUGCAGCUGAAAGUGGUGACCAGUGCCUUAUUUAAAGGGAAGAAAGAUGGUUACCCCCAGAGUGUUGCCAAACCCUUUGCAGACACCAGGCUCAAUGAACAGGACAUAAACAUGAAGGUCCAGCAGAUUAUUCGCAAUGAGCGAGUGAAGUACGGCGUUCCGGUGGUGAAGUAUGACAGGAAUGGGUUUAAGCCUCGGCAACGUCAGCUCAUAUUAACUCAGGCUGCAGCCUAUGUGGUAGAGGAUGCCAAGGUGAAACAGAGGGUGGACUACACCACUCUCAAAGGCCUGUCUGUGAGCAACUUGAGUGACGGCUUUCUCAUCCUGCAUGUUCCCCUUGAGGACAACAAACAGAAGGGGGACCUGAUCUUGCAGUGCGACCACCUGUUUGAAGUCGUGACAAAGCUGUGUGCGUUAGCCAACAAACAGAACUCUGUCAAGGUUGUGCAGGGCAGUAUCAAAUUUGCAAUCCAGCCUGGAAAAGAAGGAACUGUGGACUUCAGCACUGGACAGGAGUCAAUGGUUUACAGGGCCAAGAAUGGACACCUCAUGGUGGUAUCUACAAGACUGAAAUCACGAUGACUUUUCAAUGAACCUGGAUGCUGUUCAAUGACCUUUACAGACCAGUCUGUAUCAAUGCUGUGCGCCCUAUAAUAUUUUAUUUCAGCACACAACCCUUUAGGGUUCAAUUUUAUCAUCAAGAAUAUAAUAAGGAUAUUGUAGCACAUGAUUUACUUUGUAAUAAUAAUGCCUACAGUCUCCAGAAACAGCUUCCUCUAUAACUCCAUUACUCUCCAAGGCCUUUGCCUGUGAUUGAUAAAACAAGGUUGUUCAGCUUUUAGCAGACAAACUGCUAAAUGGAAUCAAUUGUGUUGAACAUUAGGUCCUAGUUUGUGGCAUGGGGGUGCGUAUUGGGUAGAUGGUACACCACUCAAUAGUCCUAUUUCAAAUGAUAAUUUUUACAACCAUAUCAAUGUAUUGAAUGUAAUCCGCAAACCCCAGAGAUAUACUUGUUGACAAUUUUUAAUCACUUUCAGUACUCAUCUGUCUCUGCACUCUUUUAAUUUGACUUGCACAGCAGUCACUGUAGGUCAGGUGCAUUUCCUGAUGCUAAAGCAGAUCACUGGGCUCUCAGGCACCAGAAACUGUCAAGUUAAAGGCAAAACAAAUCAAGGGCUAUGCUGUUAGGCUAUGCACCUGAUAUAAGGCUGCAAUGCUGACCUUACACUUAAUACACAGUACAAACCUCAGAAACUCAUGUACUUAAUCAAACUGUAGUGGAUCUGAAGGACAGUUUGUGCACAAAAGGAAUGACAUCUCUGGGAAUUGUGGCUGUAUACUGAUGGACUGUAGAAAGUAAAAUUAAUUUCAGCAGGUGUCGAAGUGCUUAAUGUCUUUUUAUGUAUGCAAGUAUAUAGAUAAAUAAUGGAUCUCAUUACAUUCCACCUUAAAAAGACAUUGGUUUAUUUUGUGAUAUUGAAGCCAUAUGUACCAUAACAUUUUUAUAUGUACACACAAAUUCCUGUUUAAAAUAAAGCUAAAUCACAAAGUGCUCCAGAAUCGUUUAUUGUGAUUAUGUAUAAAUAUAGCUUAAGCCUUUCUCUGUGCACACUUUUACAAAGAGAAAGUAUGUAUAAUGAUUGUAAAAUAUACCUAUUUGUAUCUUACAAAAUACAAACAUACAUUCCUUAUCUGUUAUGCUGGGAUGAUGCACAGUGAUGAUUCAAACACUCACAAGUGCCAGAAAAAAAUGUAAUCGUGUUGCCACUUUGUAUUUCUACAAUGAUUAUUCCAUUCCAUUAACCAACUCAGCUGAUCAACUGUAGAUAUAUACAUCACAAUAAGGAUCUAUUCUCCAGCAUUAUACCUUAUCUGGAACUCUUCAAAUUUGCAUCACACAUCGCCCUCUGCUGGCUGUCAUCUGCAUUGCUAACAUUUUAUAUUUCAUACUGCCUCUCUGCUCGGUAAUCUGCAAAGCUAAUAUUUUGUGUCUCAAACUGCCCUCUGCUUGCUAUGAUCUGGACACGCUGUUAAGGUACUGUCCAUUCAAUUUCCAGUACACAGCUGCACCAUUCAUCACAUUCCACACAAAACAGAUUAAUGUGCCAUACAGUACAGCAUCUUAUUGUAAAACCACGCAAUACUCCAGUUUCUCUCUGUAAUCAUUAACUGCUCUGCUUUCCAAACAUUCAAACUGUAUUAUCAUGACAUUUACCAAUAACCUUUCAGAAACACAAAUGCCCUCCGCUUGCUUCAAUAUGUUUUUGUUCAGAUGCUUUACUCAGCAUACACAAGUUAAAACCUUUUAAUUUUCAUAUUAGAGAAUAAAAAUUCUCAAAGAUGUUAGUUACUCCUGUGACUCAGGCCUCAGCACUCUAGAAAGUUAAUUGUGACACGGCCUGCAAAACAGCCAAUGCACACAGUAAUACACAGAAGGAACAGACAGUACAUGGAGUGGAGUUCUCCGAUUACAGACAUUUUUCAAAACUAUCAAAUACAAUUCCAGACUGGUAAAAGGGGUUAGCUACUAAUAAUCCCUUUAUGGCAACAUACAUUGAACAGAAAAAAAAAUGUAUAUACAGCAGCAAAACUUUCGUUUGUUCUCUAAAAGUUGUUUUUACUUAACCGCUGCUUGGUCAGGAUUUGGAAUGAACAGUGUUUUGCCCUGUAGACAAAAAGGCCCCUCUAUUUUAACGUUAAUACAAUGCUGGGGCAUGAAGCCUAAUUUUAAUUUAUAGGUAAACGUAAAGGCUCCUACUCCCUUUGAGAAGCAUCUAGUGUGCCUCUAUCAAAUAACGCACAAGGAUCCAAGCUCCCACAGCCUGGAAAACUGCACAAUCUUCCUGUCCCUUGAGCUUACACAAUCCGAGAUCUUUUCAGAGACAAAGGUAACUUUUAUAAAACAAGUGUAGGGUUGC